AUGAGGACUAAGCGCCACAUCGAGUUGUCGGGGGCCACCCACAAAGUCGGUACUACUGCGAAGCCGCUGCUGGUAGCGGAUGGUCUUGCUCUCAGCGCCCGUACCCACGACACCGGCGCGCUACGGGCCCUGAUCGACGCCGGUGACCCGCUUGAUGGCGGAGCAUAUGCGUGUGUGGGCAGCCCUAAAUUCAGGAACCCAGCUCGCGGACUAGACGGCUCUGGUGGCGGCAGCUACUCGGAUGCGCGCACAGCUGCCAGACUUUUAGAGUUGGCGACCACGGCGAUCAAACGGGCGAAGGCGCUGCAGUGGGGGAGGUUCGUGGAUAACAGUGAAUUGGAGACCCAUCGGGGCCAACGUGUCGAAAUCCACUGGGCACAGUUGACGGGCUGGAGUGGGACACAGGCGCUAGAGAAGCAAGCGCUGAGACCGCAAUAA